AUGGCAACCGGCGUUCCGCAGGAACCCGAGCUCCAGGCACCGGCGAUCUCUUACCACAUUGGUACAAUCCUCUAUUAUCACCAAAACUAUAGGAUUGUCGUUAUCUCCGCGGCGCCAGGCUCCGGCAAGUCCACGGUGCUCCCCCGAUACCUCGCCAACUAUGGCUUCGGCCCGGUCAUCUCCGCGCAGCCUCGGCUCCUCGCGGUGACCGUGGCCUCAUCGAAACCCGGACAGGAGCGGGAGUCCGACGACGUCUGGUUCACGACCACCCGGGUGCUCAUCGACAUGUUGUGCUGCAACAGGAGGCCGGCCUUCCUGGCGGCGUUCCGCACGAUCGUCGUCGACGAGGCACACGACCGCACGCUCUGCACCAACCUCCUCCUCGGGGUAGUCAAGGCCGCCGUGGCGACGGAGGAAAUGGGGCACCUCAACGUGGUCGUCUGCACCGCCGGCGGACCGGAAGACAGCUCGCUCAGCGACUUCUUCUUCGGCGCGCCGAUCGUCGCGUUCCAGCGCGCGGUGCACCCCGUCGCGGUGCACUACUCGCGGGGGCCCAUGCUCGACAUGGUGAGCGCGGUGGUCGAGGAGGUGAGGGACAUCCACAGGUCGAAGCCGCCCGGCGACGUGCUCGUGUUCUUGCCGGAUAUCAUCCGCAUCCUGGAGGCCUACGAGAAGCUGGAGCAGCUCGACCUGCCAGGGCUGGUCCUCUGCCUCAUCCACGACAACCUCCCGAAAGAGUUCAUGGACCACGCACUGGACCCUGCGCCAGGUGGAUCGAGGAAAGUCGUGCUGGCGACGGACGUGGCCGAGACGGCUGUUCUGGUCCCCGGGAUCACGUACGUCGUCGACACCGGCGUGCUGUCAGAGGACCCGCUUGCGAUGGUCUCCAAGGAGGCGGCAAUCAGGCGGGCAGCGGUGGCCGGCGCCGCCUUUGUGGGGCACUGCCACCGGCUCUACAUGGGGCACUGGACCUUUGUGGUGCGCUCAACAAGCUGGCGCUGA